AUGGCGAGAGCAGCAGAGGCAACCGAGAGCGUUCGCGUCGAAAGAGCCACAGCAGUCGCGGCUAGCGUCACGAAAAACGCAACCGCCGAGUUCAAGGCCCUCGACAGCCGCACCGCUAAGGAAGUCGUGCCAGCCGCUAACGAUACCACCGAGAACCAUCUGAACAAGACGAAGCGAGCUGCAGAUUUUGCAUUUAACGGGUUCCCGAAGGGUGCUGGGGACAUGGUAGACACUGUGAAGCAGCAUCCCGAGAUAACUGCUCAGAAAGCACCAGCUGUAGCUGUUGGCGUCGGACCUUUCGUCCAAUCCGAGCUCAUUGCCGGCGAAGUCGCGAUCCUGGGCAAGAUGGCUGCGAACAGCUCAAAGAAGACCGUUACACAAAUCUCUUCAAAUGAGGGCGAGAAAAUCUUCAAUGCUAAUUGGAAGGACUUUUCCAAUGAUGCGAAAGCUGAGGUAAAGAACGAUAAGAUACAGGCUGCCGAGAACGCGAAGGGUAAUGGAAAAGAGCCUGCCAAGUCUGACGCCACGACAGUCUCAGCUGAGAUCAAGGCUGCGGAGCCAACAAGGGUUGAAGGCGAGUUCAAGAGGGGUAAUAUCUUAUCAAUGGGAGUUCAGGCUCCGGUGUGCAAAAGUGGAGAGGGGAGCAAGCAGGUCAAGGGUGAAGAGGCUACGCCGGUGUCCUUGAGGAUCCCGAUUGGCGCCGAUGGAGAUAUCAAGGCUGUAUCUAAGUUUGUUGAUGAAACCAAGGCGGAAGAGAAGUCGACUGUGGUUUUCAAUAAUAGGACGGACGGUCCUAUUGUUCCAGAUACGAGAACGGCACCUGUUGCUGUCAAGGCAGCCGUCUCGGCAACUACAAGCAAAGAAGUCCCCCAGCCGGUGGUCCAGAAAGCCCCCGAAGCUGCAAAGAAAUUGCCGGAAUUCCCGGGGUCCGCUGAAUCUCAGAAACCCGAUGUCAAGUCUGAGAAGGUGGGAGAGAAGAAGACGACAAAGCCAAUUGACCUAUCGGCAAAAUCAGACAGUAUAACGGCCAAGAUCGAGAAGAAAGAGACUAUUAUCCCACCGGCAUCUGUCGUCAAGGAAAGCGAUAGCGAUAUCCCGAUUUUCAAAGAAGCCACCACUCCAGCUCAAGUACGGAAAGCCGUGUUGUCGCCAGCUACUUCUCAGGAAGAGCCGAAGCCAAAGGAAGCGUCUGCUGCAUCAAAGCCCUUCAAAUUCGAGGAGAAGAAGAUUCCAGAUUCCGAGAUUGAAAGCCCAAAGGCUAGCAAUACUAACGAGACGAUCAUUGACAGCAACAGCAAUAGCAGACCUGAGCCAGCACCCAUCAUGCCUGCCAAAAAUUCCGAUCAAGCACAAAGCGUGACUUCCCCGAUUUCCGAUGAACACGUGACGGAUCACAUUGUAAGCGAGCUCUUGCAAAGCCCCAGUGUCAUGCCUCAAGCGAACUUCGUCGAGCCUGAAACUACUCAAGCAACCUCGUCCGCUUCACUUGCAUCGGUCACUAACACAGACAAGAGCAUUACCAAGACCGAGGCACUUGAGCAGCCCGCCAUCUCUGAUAUGACGACAAUCAGCCGAGAGAGCCUGGAUCAUUUACACUCAAAAAUCGACGCCCUUCAAGAAGCCGUCCAGCUGAUCACCAAGAAGCUGACUACAAACCUUCCACCUCCCACUGGAGAGCCUACAAAGCAAGCCAUCGUCGAGCUAUCAUCCGCUACAGACGCCGUCAGCGAGCAAGUUCAAAAGCCAUCCUCUUCUCAAGAAUCCGAAGUUCUCGCCGCCGAGCCAGCACAAGCAAACCCCUCCACCGGCGCCGAAGCUGCAUCGACGGAGACUCCAGCAGCUUCCGCCAAGAAACCAGGACACGCCAAGCGCAAGAGCGUAAUCGUCACCCUCGGUAGCUACCUUUGGCCAUUUGGUACCGCCACGCCAAAGGGUGCAGAUGCGAAGGCUAGCACAGCUGAGGGUAGUCCUGCUGGGCCUUCCGUUGAAAUUUCCAAGAAGGAUACCACCACCUCGGCCCCAGGCGCCAAGGAUAGUGCGGCGUCGUUGAGUGAUAUCCCUACGCCGCAUAUUGGCGCUGCCUAG